CAGUUUGAACCUGGGCGGCCGCUGCUCCUCCUGCCUCCUGGCCUCCUGUACCUCCUCUCUCCCGCCACGCCCUCCAGUCACCCCCGUGGGAGACUAAAUUUUCAUGUUUGCAAGCGAGGAAAAUGAAUCGUAUGGAUGACCGCCUCUCGUACCUUCAUGCUGUUGAUAAUGAUUACACUGUGGAUCAAGAAAAUAAUUUUAACCCUUGCAAGAAUUUAAAUAAUGUAUUCCAGUCCAUACCUAUUGAGGAUGUUGACGUAGAGACCCUGAAGGUAUAUUUGAGGGUGCGUCCAAAUCUUCCAGAGGAAACGUGUAAUGAUGAGGAUAUUCAUAUUGAUAUUCUGGAUAAGCACAGCAUUAUACUUACUGCCCCUGCUUCCUCCAAUACCUUCAAAAAUAGCAACCAUGGCAUUGCAAAACUUAGCCAAAAGUUCACCUUUUCCCAUAUAUAUGGACCCUCCACAACCCAGAAAGAAUUGUUUGAUAAUGCAACUUUGGGUUUGGUUAAGGAUUUUAUUAGUGGCCAGAACUGCUUGCUUUUCACAUAUGGAGCCACCAAUUCUGGCAAAACGUACACCGUACAAGGUACUCCUACUGACCAAGGAAUUCUGCCACGAACUUUGGACGUAGUCUUCAACACAGUAGGAGAACAUCAGUACCAGAAAAAUGACUUGAAGCCCCAAUAUUUUUGUAGCAUCAUGCGCCUGGAUGAGAGAGAUAUUCAGAGAGAAGAAGAGAGGAAAGAUAAAAUUUUCAAGAUUGGCUCUGAGCUUAGUUCUACAUUUUCUCAGUCCACAAUGAGUCUGUCAAAGUUGUCUACAAGUGAUGACAGCCUUAACUCCUCUCAUCAGUUGACUGAAAUAAGCAGGAUGUCUCAGCCCUUUAAUGAAGUGAGCAGAGCAUCUUCUGGUAUGGAGAGUCAGUAUCAUGACAGCACAAGUUUGGAUUUGGGAGAUACUGAAAGUAUGAAGUAUGCUAUCUUUGUGUCAUUUGCUGAGAUCUACAAUGAAUACAUAUAUGACCUCCUAGAGAAAAUGCCAACUUCUAAGAAAAACAAACGGAAUCCCCUUGUCCUGGGAGAGGAUCGGAAUGGUUCUAUUUAUAUUAAAGGGUUGCAGGAGGUACGUGUACGAAGUGCUGAGGAAGCGUGGAGACUGUUAGAGGUCGGCCGGCAGAACCUUCAUUUUGCUGCGACUCGCCUCAAUCAUAACUCUUCUCGGUCACACUGUAUUUUUACAAUUAAAAUGAUAAAGUUGGCCAAUGCAGACAGUCCUCAUGUUGCAAGAGUUUCAAUGCUCUCUGUUUGUGAUCUUGCCGGCACAGAGCGGGCUGGAAAAACUCUAAGUAAUCAGGAUCGCCUGAAAGAAGCUGGUAACAUAAACACUUCACUUCUGGUGCUCAGUCGAUGUAUUGAAGCUUUAAGGCGGAAUCAAAUUCACAGAGGGAGCAAGAAGCGUGAAAUUCCUGUUCCUUAUCGUGACAGCAGACUCACUAGAUUGUUCCAAACGUUCUUUUUGGGUCGUGGUAAGGCUGCAAUGAUAGUGAAUAUCUCAAAGACACCACUUCUCUUUGAUGAAACUCUUCAAGUCUUAAAAUUCUCAGCAAUUGCUAAGCAGAUAGCUAUAAGUCAAGUGAAGGAGGCACGCUGCUCUAUUCAACCUCCUAAACGAAUCAGUCAAUUCUCCAAAUUUGUUCGCCAGUCUCUCAAUUCCUCUGGACGCCUUUCUGUUCCCUGGGUAAAAGGUGCCGGUGAUGUCACAUUUGGAGCAAGUGAUGACAUUCCUGAGGAACACGAGACUGAUGUUGUGGAGGAAGAUGAUCAAGAUGAAAGAUACGAGGCACUUCUUCAACUUAUUGCCAGUCUCAAAAAUGAAUUGGUGAAAAUUUAUAAAGAGAAGGUUGAAUUGGAGGACCAUCUGAGGGAAGAAUUGUGUGCCGAGUUCUCCCAGCAAUUAGUUGAGAUUGAAAGUUCUUGGAGCCAACGUCUGAAAGAUCAACAGGCAAGAUCUGAAGAGUUGACAGAAUGGAGACUUACUGCGCUUCUGAAGUCGGCCAAAAAGAUCAACAUCCACAAACGGUUUAGACCAGAUGAUGAUCCUGAUGAGGAAUAUGUCUCUUCACUCACCUAUUUUCAGGAACAGCACAAAGUUCAGGAACAGUCCAAAUAUAUCACAGAGCUGGAAUCUGAGAAGAAACAUCUGAUGGAUGAAGUUGAAGCACUAAAGAAUGUUCAGAAGAAGACUACAGAGCUAAAUUCCAAAUGUCAAGGAGAAAAUUCCAAGCUUACUUUUCAACUUGCACAACUGACCCAAAAAUUUGACCAGGUCACCAAGGAACUGGAAGAGACAAGACGUGUGAGUCAGGCCUCUUCUGGCACGGAGAGCCUGGUUAUUCAAGAGCUUCAACAUCGUUUAGAUGACAAGAUGGCAUUGUUGGAAGUUAAAGAUAAUGAAAUAAAGGAAUUAAAGGAUAUGUUGUAUGAAGCUGCUGAAGCAUAUAUUGCCAAGGAUCAGGAGUGUGAUAGUUUGACCAAGAAGCUGGAGAUGAACGAAAAGAUAACUACCAAUCAGAUGAUGAGCUUGAAUGAGUUAGAAAAUCAAUUAGAAGCAGCUAGAGCAAUAGUGAGUCAGCGGGCUGCACAGGUAGAUGAUAGGGACCUGCAUAUUGACGAGUUGCGGGAACAAUUGUCAUCACAGAAGUUAUCUAGCAUGAUGGUGAAGGAACAUAAAGAAUGCUGUAAGCAGUUGGAGAAGUUGGAGGUGAAAAAACAGCAACUUGAAGAGGAAUAUCUCAGGGAUAAAAGCAGGUUGCUGUUGGAGAUUGCUGAACUUAAAUCAAACAGAGCCCAAACUUCCUCCAAUUCAGUUGACUUGCCCAAAGACCUGAGAGCAGCUGAAUUGAAAGUGAUGGAGUUGCAGCUGGAGAAAGAGGCAUUAAGUGAGGAAAGAGACCGUCUUGGUAAUGGGCUCGCAGAAUCUAAAUCAUUGUUCUCCCACUUGCAACAAGUCAAUGCUCAGCUGGAGAAAGAUUAUGGUGUGCUGGAGAGAGAGCAUAAUCACUUAAAGGAUAAUAUCAAUGAGCUGAACAACAAGUUGAUUAGUGUGCAGGAGGAGCGAGCCGCUGAGCAGCUGAACUUAUCGUCCUUGAAAGCUAACAGUGAAAGUGCCAUGAAUGAGAGAAAUACUCUCCUGAGUCAGUUACUAGAGAGUGACGAAAAAAUUAGAUUUCUGGAAAUGCAAGUUCAGGAGCUAACGUUGGCUGAGAAUAGUUGUGUACAAGAACUUGAGAAGAACACAAUUGAACUGAAAGAUAAGAUGGUUACUUUAGAAGCUGCAUUGAGGGAUGCAGAAGUAGAGAAUGCUCAGUACACAAGUAUAAAAACUAGAUGUCAUGAGUUAUCUGAAACUCUGGAGAAAAUGCAGCGAGAAAAAGAAGAAACAGAAAAGGAAAAAGAACAUUUGCAAGACAAGUUAAAUAAGAUGGAAGAAAAGCAUAAGAUUUUGAUUGAAGUUAACACAACACAGAUGCAGAAAAAUAUAGACUCUUUGGAAAACUCAAUUUCACAGAUGAAAAAAGAGUUCAAACAGAAAAUAACUGAAAUUGAAGCAGUGACAGCAGAUAAAGAAAUUACAAUUUCCAGCCUCAAAGAAACCAUUGAUAAUAAUAAUUUGCUGAAUAAUAAACUUCAAUCUGAGAAUGAAUCAAUACAACUUCAGUUUUCACAAGAAAUCCUUUCAAAGAACUCUGAAAUUAAAGAAUUGGUGGGUAAAAAUGAAGUGUUGCAUGAGGAGCUUGACAAAAUUAAGAGCACUCUUGACAGAAGAAUAGAAUCUGAAAUAAAGCUACAUGAAAGAAUUGAGAUGGAACUUAAAUGUAAGAAAUUGUUAGAAGAGGAAUGUGAAUUAAUAAAGCUAAAAUCUGAUGAACAAAAUCUGGAACUAGAGAUACUUAGAACAGUGUGUGAUGCUGAGAAAAAAUUCAAUAGUAAAAGUGUGAUGCAAAUUAGUGAACUUGAGGCUCAGAAAGUUUCCAUGAAAACUGAACUGGAUAAAUUAAUCGGUGAACAUGACGCUCUGAACAUAGAGCUAGAAAAAACUAAUGGAAUGCUUGUUGAGUAUAAAGAUAAGUGCUCAGAGACAGAAAUUAUGGAUAAAGAAUUAUCAGAUCAUCAAAAGUUGCUCCAGGAGCUUCAAGUAGUCAAAACUACACUAGAAACAAAAUUAAUAGAAAAGGAAGCUGACAUCGCAGAAUUGAAAGAUUCCAAGAACUAUUUGAAACUACAGUUAAAAAAUUUGGAGGAAGAAAAAGGGAAAUUGGAGAUGAAGCUGAUGGAUCAAAGUAACAGAGAUCAUCGUGAAGAUGAGCUAAAAGAUUGUGUAAUGACCCUCAAUAAAGAAAAUGCAGAAAUAAAAAGCAAAUGUGUGACUUUUGAAGAACUCUGCAGUAAACUAACUAGUCAACUUAGUGAAAAGGAAGACCUUAUUUCAUCUCUGUACUCAAAGGUUGAAUCACUGGACUAUAGACUUGCGAAGGCAGACAGAGAGAUGGAAGAGUUGAGACAUGAAGACGUCAAAUUAGAAGCUUUAAGGGAAAAGUGCAACAUUUCCGAGAAGGAAAUAAGAGCAGUAAGAGAGGCUCGACAGGAGGAAGUAUCUCAGUGCAGUCGUCAGCUUGGAGAGCAAGAGGAGCUUCUCAAGCAAAAAGAAGAAGAAAUCUCAUCCCUACAACAAGAAGUGAAGAAACUCCUGCAACAGUCACUGGUAUCCAUUGCUACUACCAACCAGUCGAUGGUCAGUGAGGCAUCAAUAGCAAAGAGAGAAACACUAGACCAAGACAUAGAUGCCACUGUCUUGAGGGAGCAGCUCAGACAAAGUGAAGCUCAAAAUGAUAGUUUAUUACAAGAAAUAAAUGAGCUGAAGAAUCAAAGAAAAAUGUCUCUCAUCUCAGAAAAUUCUAUUAUGCAGUGCUCGGUUACUAAGGCAUCACUCGUGAGCACUAUAUUAGAUGCAAGCACAUCAGAUGUAGACAGCAGAACCCCGGCGCUAGGAAAAAGAGGAAGGAAACCACUUAAACUGGCUGUCACUCCAAGUAGCACAUUAAGGGAUACAAGUGCAUCAGAUGCAGACACCACAACCCCAGCAUUAGAAAGGAGAGGAAGGAAACCUCGAAAACCUGCACCAGCUCCAAGUGAGUUUGAGCACCCUAUCUUUGAUGACUCGGUGGGAAAUGAAAGUCUUCCUUCCACAAAGACUUGUUCUGCUGCUAAUUCAGGAAGGAUGUCUUCUAGACCACAGAGAGCUUCAAGACGUCUUGUCACACGUACUACACGUAACGAAUGCUAUGAAUAUGAGGACAAAGCUGAACCAAAGGGUCUGGGUGACGACGAUGACGACGACGAUGAUGAUGUAUGGCAACCCUCGAUUCCCAUGAAGAGAGCUCCAAAGAGCGCUCGUAAACCCAAGGGAAACAAGUCCAGGUCACAAGUUCCAAACCCACAUUUAAAAGAUCAAGAGAACAAAAGCAGUGUGGCAAAUAAGGCUGAUGACACCCAGCUCCCUCAAGAUAGCAGUGAGAGAACUGGAGUACAAAGACGCAAACGUCAGUUAUACAAAUCAGCUGUUUGUGAACCAUACCAAGGAUCUCCUAAUUUGGCUGAACCUCCUACAGCAGUUGACAGUCCACAUAGUAUUGUAAGGCGGCAGUUGAGAAACAAAAAUAAAUAAAUAAAUGUUAAAUACUCUUCCAUAUAUCUUUUCUUUAUACUGUAUAUACAAUGUGUGUGUGUGUGUGUGUGUGUACACGUGUUAAAAUGUAUGACCAUGAAGGAAAAUGAAACACAAAAUUCUCGAGUUAUUUCGCGUUCAUUCAAUACAUCUUUAGAUGCAUUGAAAUGAAAAUGAAAGUGUUCAAAGUAUUUCAUGGUUUAUUUUUAUUUGUGGUUACAUGUUUCACAUUAGUUAUCAUGAUAAUUUCUUUGUGAUUUACACAUGCAUACAUGUAAGGAAUUAGUGUAUAUGAACACUAUUUCACAGCAUAAUACGAUGCUUGAAACGCCUUGAAAGUAUAAUGCCUACGAGUGGUUUAUAGGUAUAGUCCAGAAAUGAUCGACUAGGGUAAAAGUAAUUUAAACAUCUCGGUGUUAGACUUAUUUCAAGUAUUCAUAAAUAUGAGCAAUCCAAUUGGUCAUGUAUGUGGUAUCGGGGAUAAUAUAUACAGGUAAUCGAGUAAUAUAUUAUUAUGAGAUUUUUUGUAAUAAGUGCAAUGUUUGUUUCACCAUUUAAUGCACAUAAUGUAAUUACUAAAUUUACCUAAUUAAACAUAAUAUUAGGUUAUAUGAAAUAUAUUUUUAGAUGUAAGAUAUGUUAAAUUCCUGAUUUUGGGGGUCUUGUGUAGAUGUAUGAAAUGGAUGUUACAAAUACCUUUGUCAUGCAAGAUGCAUAUUUUUUUCUGUGCUGACUCCCUUAAUAACUGACCAGAGCUUUGUCCUGAGAAUCAAGACCAGAAUUUGGCUAAUACGAGGUGGUAGCCAAAUUCUGGUCCAAGAGGUAAGGGUGGCAUGUGGAGAUUAAUCACAUAAUCAAACAAGUUGCUCAAAAAGCCAAUACUAUAAAACAAGGAAAUACAAGGAAACAAGCUACUGCUCUAUGGGAAAUGAAUGAAAUGAAAGACACCAGAUGGUAACACGUAAAAAUAAACUGAUAAUGUCCAGUAGUAAACAAACAUCAUCUCAACUUGCACCGGCCACCACCAGGUAGCAGCAGCAGUCAGUUACCAACUUCAUUUCCUGAUCAAGACUCGGUAUAUAAAGUCCCUGAUCUUGUGCCUUGGUGCCAGGCUGUUUGCUCUGGAGCUGGUAUGGGUGCCCAAGCUGUCUCUUGGACUCUAGGCUUUGUCUGGGGUGGCUGGAUGGGACUAGAGUGACCAAGUUGCCAUCUGGUGGAUGCCUGGGGUAGCAAAUAUUGGCACUGUUCAUUUCUGUCUCAUAUAGCAGUUGCUUGUUUUACUGUACAGCUCCUUGGACUUUGUUAGCAGUUUACUUUGGUUGAAAGGUCAAUAUUUGAUCCACAUGAGCCAAAUAUGGGUAAUACAAUCUGGCUUCCCUCUUUCAGGGAGCCAGAUUGUUGUAGUUGCUGGUAGGGUGUGAGAAUACUGUACCUUAGGAGCUGAUAGUGGUGGUGUGGCCUUGCUGUUCCAGUGCCAAAGGUCUGGUGAGCUGUUGAGUUUACAUUCACAAAAUUAUUUUAUUACAUUCAAUGCUCAUUUUUUGUCCUAUGAUAGAGACGUUUUGUACCCAAUGAAAGUACAAGGUAUUUAUGAAGUACAUUUUAUUUAAUUUUUUUAAUAAAUGUUUGUAUGUUUACAAAA